GCCCUUCUUUCUCAGGAUUGGUCAGUAGCCCUGCUCAGUCACCACCCAGGAAGUCAUUCAGCAGCAGUGGGAGAGGGAAACACAUCCUAGAGUGUAACGCUUAACCCUGGGGUACACGGUGGAUUCUCAGGCGUGAACGAGAUUUGGAGUGAUUUGAGAAUAGCAGAAGUUCACGCCUCUCUGACUGGAAGCCGCUUGCCUCAGUGGCAUGCUCAGGAGAUCUGGGCUCUCUUGGACUCAGGUGCUUCUGAGAAGAAAUAAUCCUCUUGGAUUCUGCUUGUGCUACUCUAAGGCAAAAAUGGCCACAGUGUCUAAGGCUCGGAGGCUGGAAGGUGUGGACAAGAACAUCUGGGUGGAGUUUGUGAAACUGGCCGCCACAUACAAGACAGUGAACCUCGGCCAAGGCUUCCCUAACUUCCCCCCACCGGACUUUGUAAGGGAAGCAUUCUUGGAGGCGAUCAGCGAAAAAGACACCUUGAUACACCAGUACACACGGGCCUUUGGACACCCAGCUCUGGUGACCAUCCUGGCCAAGUUCUUUGGGAAGCUGUUAGGACGGGAACUUGACCCGCUGAAUAACGUGCUGGUGACGGUGGGAGCCUAUGAGGCCCUCUUCUGCUGCUUCCAGGCUCUGGUGGAUGAAGGAGACGAGGUGAUUAUAAUUGAGCCAUACUUCGACUGCUAUGAACCAAUGACGAAAAUGGCCGGUGGGACUCCUGUGUUUGUUCCGCUGCGGCCAAAAGCAGCAGCAGAGGGGAAGCUGAUGUCCAGCGGAGACUGGCAGUUGGAUCCCGAAGAGCUGGCGGCCAAAUUCACAAAGCGAACCAAAGCCCUUGUCUUGAACUCUCCAAAUAAUCCACUGGGAAAGGUGUUCAGCAGGAAAGAGUUAGAGCUCAUUGCUGGACUCUGUGUGAAACACAACGUCUUGUGCUUCAGCGAUGAGGUGUAUGAGUGGCUGGUCUACGAUGGGAACAAGCACGUUCGGAUUGCCAGUUUACCAGGAAUGUGGGAGCGUACUGUGACCAUCGGGAGUGCUGGCAAAACCUUCAGUGCGACAGGUUGGAAGGUCGGCUGGACGUUGGGGCCAGAUGAGCUUUUGACACACCUAAGGACGGUCCAUCAGAAUUCAAUUUAUCACUGUGCCACAGCCGCACAGGAAGCCGUGGCCCGUGCCAUCCAAGUGGAAUUCGAGCGCAUGGGGAAGCCAGAAAGCUAUUUCGUCCAGUUGCCCAAAGAGCUCCAGCAGAAGCGGGACCGUCUCGUUCACUGUCUGUCUGCCGUGGGGAUGAAGCCCGUGGUCCCAGAAGGCACUUACUUCCUGAUGGUGGAUCUCUCAGAAUUCAAAGCUCCAGUGCCUGACCUCCAGGACUCUGAGGAGCCCUACGACUUUCGGUUUGUAAAGUGGAUGAUCAAGAACAAGGGUCUAGCCGCCAUCCCGGUCUCUGCCUUCUACAGCGCUCCGCAGAAGAAGAACUUCGACCGCUUCAUCCGUUUCUGCUUUGCAAAGGAGAACGCCACUCUAGAUGCCGCAGCUGCCAUCUUGCAACAGUGGAGUCAGACGAGACCUGGCCAAUAAGCGAUCCCUUGGGAGUGGGCUGUGUAACUGGAGCUUCGGUGCAAGCAGGGAAAGGAGCCCUCUCGUCCAAGUUUCCUGCUACUGAACUGCAUCCUGGGAAGUCAAAGGGCUGUGGCUCUCUACAAGCAAGGAAGUAUUCUUUCUCAGGGGUUGAUGGUUAAUUUCUUUUUUUUCUGACCCCCCCAGGAUUUGUGAAACUCUGGGGCAUGCUGGAGUAAUCCUAAAGAAGAAUGUUUUUGCUGUGAUUCCAAGGACUGGGGAGGAUUUUGAGCAAGGAGCCAAAUACACUCGUGUGGUUGGGUCAGUUUUUGGGGUUUCUUGGAAUUUGUGGUCACGUUUGAGCUUCCCUGAUACAGGAUCUCUCUCUCUCUCUCUCUCUCUGUCUCUCUCUCUCUGCUUCUUAAUGACAUUUAUUCCCUAUUUCUAAAGGCCAUUAGCCUUCAGCACAUGACAUAGUUGUGUUACAGGCAAAGCAGGAGGAAGGCAAUCAUGUCUGCUAGUCUCACCCUCCCCACACCUGCGCAUACCAUCUGCACACACAUAGACUCUCUUCGAAGGCUCCCGAAGAACCGCAUUGCACAGUGCGAAGGUGUGUAUUGGGAGGAACGUAUUUGGACCCGAGGCCUGAUGAGAGUGAUCCUGCUCUCCCUUUGCACAUUGCCUCUACGGGUUUAAGCACCAAGGCAACUCCUGUCGGUCCUGCGAUCCUCCUAGUUCUGCCGUGUUGCAGUCUAGGAAAGCAGUUAAGGAAACUGUACCACUAGGAAAGCAGUCAAGGAAAAUUGUAGCACUGAUUGCCAAUAAAGGAAAUGUUGUGUAAAGAAA